AGCAGCUGCAGUGUUGGGAGCGCUGUGCUGCCGCUGCGUCUCCGUGUUCGAGGCUAUACAACUCCGACGCAAUUAAAAACCUCCCUCGGAAAACUCCGCAUGUGGUUUCCUCCUCCUGCCCUCUCGGAAACUGCAAUGAAGGAAUUUAUCCGUUUGUUCUGAAGUCGCACUGCUCUCAGAAGACAUGUGGUCUCGGCUGACUUGUCCCCGCGUCCACUGAAGAUCAGGGAACCGGACCUGUCGAUUGUCCCUGGCAACCCCUGCAGCAUCCUUCCCAAAAAAAGAAGACAAAAUCCUCCUUUACUUCUUUUUGUUUGUUAAAUCUCACACGGGACAGCGACGGAGCGCAGGCUGAAUCAAUGGAUAAUAACGCUGCAAAGUCGGAGAAAUCUCAACUGAUCCACGAGAAGAGUGCGAAAAUGUACUCUCUGAAACUACAAAGCUCCUUCCCAGACUCCAAAGAGCAAUAUCCCGACUUCCCUCUGAAGAACGGCGGCAUGGCCGGCGCCAUCGAGCUGAAGCGACCCGUCGGCGCCCACUGCCACGGGGCCAAGGCCUCGGCGUGUGACGCCAGCGGGGACCGGCUGCUGGCCAGGAGGAAGCUCUGCAUCGCGUCGGCCGUGUGCCUCGUCUUCAUGAUCGGAGAGGUCAUAGGAGGCUACCUGGCCCACAGCCUGGCCAUCAUGACGGACGCAGCCCACCUCCUGACGGAUUUUGGCAGCAUGAUGGUGAGCCUGUUCUCCCUGUGGAUCUCCUCCAGACAGCCCACCAAAACCAUGAACUUUGGUUGGCACAGAUCAGAGAUCCUCGGGGCAUUCGUCUCAGUCAUUUCCAUCUGGAUCGUUACGGGGGCGCUGGUCUAUUUAGCCAUCGAGAGGAUCGUACGCAACGACUACGAGAUUGAUGGCCACGUGAUGUUGGUCACCUCUGGGUGUGCCGUCAUCGUCAAUAUAAUCAUGGCCUACAUCCUCCAUCAUUCCACCACCUUCCACGCCCACGGCGGCGGCUACCACCAGAUCGACGAGGGAGGCCAGAGCCCCGUCGCCCACGGCCACUCCCACACGCUCCUCGGUGGCCAUAGCAACACCAGCGUCCGCGCCGCCUUCAUCCACGUGGUGGGGGACCUGCUGCAGAGCGUCGGCGUCAUGGUGGCAGCGAUCAUCAUCUACUUGCGGCCCGAGUAUAAAGUUGCAGAUCCCAUCUGUACGUUCCUGUUCUCCGUCUUCGUCCUCUGCACCACCGUCACCAUCCUCAGAGACGUCUUCAGGAUACUCAUGGAAGGCUCACCUAAAGGCAUCGAGUUCAACUCGGUGAAGGAGGUGCUGCUGUCGGUGAAGGCUGUGAAGUCCAUGCACUCUCUGCACCUCUGGGCCCUGACUCUGGGCCAGGCCCUGGUCUCGGUUCACCUGGCCAUAGAGGAGGGUGCCGACGCCCAGUCUGUGCUGCAGGAGGCCACCCAUCUGCUCAACACCAAGUUUGGGUUCCACAGCAUCACCAUCCAGGUGGAGCUCUACUCUGAAGACAUGAGCCACUGCUCCCACUGCCAGGACCCCAGUGACUGAUCUGGGACCAGACCGGACCCAACAUCCAGGACCAUGGAGCGGCUCAGCCAUUGUUUUUGCAUUCUCUGUGGGUGAGCUGGAGCAGUGAGAGCUGCACUCACAACGCAGCUUCCUGUUAAAGGAGCCAGAAGCGUUUUUUGGUAAAUUUGUUGUAUUGCUCAUUAAGUCACAUGACAGCGAAAUCAUCCGUGCGUUGGUAGCAGCAUGCUGACGCUGGAGCUCCAUGCUAACAUUGAACUCUUCCUUCAGUCCCCCCGUAAAGGUCCUAAAAAUAAAAAUGAAAAGGGGUUGUAUGGAGCUUUUACCACAUACUGGGACAGGCGCUGGCUUGCAAAGAAAUCUAUCAAGAACUUAAAAAAAAAGAAGGAAGAGAACAAGACUCCUAACAGUUUUUUUCUAAAAUGUCAGCCUGUCCUAAAAAAAUGAUACACCAGAGCCAUAUAACCUCUCUCCAUCUCACCGCAUUGACAUCUGAAAUUCUGAGCCCAAACAUAAGAUUGCAUUACAGUACUCAACUGUGCAUUUUGUUUCAUAAUCCAAUAGUUUCCAACAACGCUCAAACCCAGGUAAAUUAAAGGUAAUGCUCCGUUGCCGUUGGUCGCCUGUCGCUGGCGUCGAACCCCUUUUGUCAGCGUUGUGGCCGUCUGCCAGAAAUAAAUUGACUUCUUAUUCCGUUUUUAAGGCACAUUUUUAAGCUCCACCUUUUAGAUUUUUUAAGACACACCUCUUAGAUCUCGGUGAUCUAUUUUAACCAGAUGAAAGAUUUUAGUCAUUGGACAUCUGGAUCUUACGUAAUCAGAGAAACAAGCUGAGCAAACACAGACAAGAAGAACAGCACUGGAGAAACAGAAUUUUAAAGCAAAUCUGUUUCAUCCAGUGGUUUUUCUGCUGAUAAUUUGACUUCUGGUGAAAACGUCCUGAGCGAUGAACGCUGAAGGAAUCCUAACUGGGAGAAGCUCGCUGCAGUGACGGCACUGCUUCGUCUUUUGUUAUUGUUUUGAUUGAGGAAAUUACAUAUAGUACGUUUUAAGAUGGAUGAGAAAAAUCUUCAAUAACAGUGAAAUCUCGUUCACCAGACUCGCUCUCUAGCUUGCGGCUAGUUUACGUUACAGACAUUUUUACAAACUCAGUAACAGUGUUGAUUAAGAACAAGUGCAUUUUACUUGCACUUAAAUGUCCAGACAAGAAGUUCUGGGUAAUACGCCAUUGUGUAAUAAUUGCAUUCUUACCAAACCCAGAGGAGCAGCCGGCGUCCAUCUUUACCCUUUUGAAGCACAAAAGUAGGAAAUAGGACACGGAUAAAGUAAGAGAGAAGGGUUUUUAUGUUUUGUUUGACUUCUAGAUUACUCAAACUUUCAAAUAAUAUUCAAAAGGUUUAUAUUUAGGGUCUACUAUUUACAGUCUCUCCCAAUGGGAUAAAAGGAGCUGCUGCUGGUUGAAAUCACUGCCUGAUUUGUAGUAUUUCCUGUAAAUUAAGAAAAACUGCCAGAUGUAGGACCACAUAUGCGUACAGUACUUUACUAAUUAUUUCCUACUGUAACUUCAAGGGUCUAGGGUUCUUUAUCGUCAUUCUGUCAUGUCUACAUGUAGAACGAGAGGAAGUCCUCAGGUCUCGGCCUCAAUCUAAAUGUUCUGAAGUACAUGAUGUUAUAGUAUUAAAUACAUGAAUAAAUACCGUAAAUACACAUUACAACAGACACCUACUAAUAAAAUAAAAGGAAGUCCUCAGGUCUCGGGCUCAAUCUAUGUGCAGGAUGUUGUAGUAUUAAAUACAUAAAUAAAUACACAUGGACACACGGACACUCAGAAUCCUACUAAUAAAAUCCUGUAUAACAAUGAAGGAAAAACUAUGAAGCAACAAUGCAUAUACAGUAUAUA